UUAAAUCAACAACACAUUUAUUUGAGGACAAUAACCAUAUUAAAAAUGAAGACGUCAGAAUACAGUAGGAUUAUUGUUCUAGCACAACCAAAGCCUUUACAUAAUGAUUUCCGAGAUCAGAGACGAUCUGUUUACUGGAUAGACAGGACACCAUUUGCACCAGGUCCGAACGGCACAACUCAGAUAUUUGCAACAGAAAGAAUAAAUGAAUUAUCUAAACCAAGAUCGUUAACUGCCAAUUUCAAAUUUAACAAAAUGUCAGCAAUAUCGCCUAUAAAAAAAUCAACGUUAGAAAGAGACCCGGCUGGGAGGAUUUUAUAUUUAUCACUUCCUAGAAGGCCUUUAGCUAAACCUGACGGAAAUGUGUUUUCGUCAAUCCCCACAGGACUACCAAGACAAAGCACAUUAGAUAGAAUAGAUAUGCUAAGCCAGCCCAGAAUACGAGAAGACACCUUUGCAACUGACGAAACGAGGUGGGGACAACCAAAACCGGUAUCAUUUGACGCAAUGGUUUGUACUCCAAGUUCCCGCCUUGAGGAUUUAUCUCGACCAAAGAAAUACCACUCGGAAUUCAAACCGGAACGUCCAGUAGAAUCCGAAGUACCGGAACAUGCAUUGACUUCAAUGGCUAAUCAGCACCUGCAAAAAUUAGCGCGUCCCCGCACGAGAACGAUGAUAAUUGAUGACUAUGAUCCGUAUAAAGUGACGUCUGCUGCGCAACACGCUAAGCCAACAGCGAGAACGGAAUUGCUAUCUGUGCCUUUUACGCGUAAACAAAAACAGAAAAGCCAAUUAAGAAAUUAAAAAAAAACAGGCAACUUUUGAAAUAACCAGUUUUCUUGCGUCUUAAAUCCGUAUAAUUAUUUAAUGUGCAUAUAAUGUAAUGUUAUGUCAUAAAAGUUAUUUAUCUGA